UUUUUUUUUUUUAUGUUUCGUUACCAAGGAAGUUGCAACCAAAUAAACGAGAGGGUGAGAAAAUAUGUACAAAAAAAGUGCGAGAUAAAAUAUUGAGAUAUAUAGUCGGAGGCUUAAGUAGUAGUUUUAAUAACAACUUAAAUGAAUAAGAACAAGUAUGAAGAAAGGAAAAAUUUUUGUUAUGGGUUUACCAUUAAAAGUUUCGUUUUAUUUUUUCAAAAAAUUAAAUUUUCGCUUUUGUUGGUUGUAUACAAUAUUUGCUUAUGAAUAUUUGGUACCGGCGAUUUUUUUGGUAAAUAAAUUACCGACUUUUUUUAAAGUAAAAAAAAAGGUCAAAGCAUAAAUAUGCACAAAAAAAAAAAAAUUUUUUUUUAAAAAAAAAUUAAUUUAAAAUAUAAUAUAAAUAAUAAUAACCGUUU